AAGAUGAUGGCUCAAAACUCUUCAAGUCCCGGAAGUGAAAGUAUUGUCGAAUGUGCACCGGGACUCGAACCCCAAAACCUUCAACAACCCGAGACGGUAUUUUCUCCACAGCAUGGACACCUUAAACAAACUGAAACAAUUUGAUGCGUAUCCCAAAACCCUAGAAGACUUCAGGAUCCAAAACGUGGGGCGGCAGCGACUGUGACCAUCGUGAGCGGUCUAAUAAUGUUGAUCUUGUUCUUCUCUGAACUUGCAGUACUACUGACCAAAGAGGUUCAUCCUGAACUGUACGUCGACACAUCGCGAGGAGACAAACUGAAGAUCAACAUCGACGUCAUCUUUCCUCACAUGCCCUGUGCCUACCUCAGUAUAGAUGCAAUGGAUGUUGCUGGGGAGCAGCAGCUGGACGUAGAACACAACCUCUUCAAGCGCCGUCUGGACAAAGACCUCAAAGCCGUCACCACGGAGGCAGAGAAACACGAGCUGGGUGGCGAUGAUGAAGGUGUGACCUUUGACCCCAGUAAGUUGGAUCCGGAAAGAUGUGAAAGCUGCUACGGGGCCGAGACUGAAGACCUCAAGUGCUGUAACAGCUGUGAUGACGUGCGUGAGGCGUACCGGCGGCGUGGCUGGGCCUUCAAGAACGCCGACACCAUCGAGCAGUGUCGGCGCGAGGGCUUCACCCAGAAGAUGGCGGAGCAGAAGAACGAGGGUUGCCAGGUGUAUGGCUUCCUGGAAGUCAACAAGGUUGCAGGAAACUUUCAUUUUGCUCCUGGCAAGAGUUUCCAGCAGUCUCAUGUCCACGUGCACGCUGUGGAAAUUCACGACCUGCAGAGCUUCGGACUGGACAACAUCAACAUGACCCACAUGAUCAAGCACCUGUCAUUCGGUAAGGACUACCCAGGUAUCGUCAACCCUCUGGAUGGUACAGACGUCACGGCACCCCAAGCGUCGAUGAUGUACCAGUACUUUGUUAAAAUAGUCCCGACUAUUUACAUGAAGGCAGAGGGAGAGGUGGUUAAAACCAAUCAGUUCUCAGUGACCAGACAUGAGAAAGUGGCCAACGGUCUCAUUGGCGACCAAGGGCUGCCAGGGGUCUUUGUUUUGUAUGAGCUGUCCCCCAUGAUGGUGAAGUUCACAGAGAAGCACAGGUAUGUACCAACACACAGGGUGUGUAAUAACAUGUACCCUGUAUGUAAUAACACACCUGUCUCCCACUGUCUCUUUAGGUCGUUCACUCAUUUCCUAACAGGCGUGUGUGCCAUCAUCGGAGGAGUGUUUACAGUUGCAGGGCUGAUAGACUCUCUCAUCUACCACUCGGCGAAGGCCAUCCAGAAGAAGAUAGAGCUGGGGAAGGCCUCCUAGCAGAGACCCCCACAGCUCCCUCAGCCCCCGCAACACACGCCCAGGACACCGCCACCCAGACGGACAGACACGGAGACUGAUGGACAGACAGGCUGAGGGGGUAGACAGACAGACAGACAGACAUGCAGGUGGAGGGGGUUUAUAGACACGGACCGACAGACAUGCAAGCGUGGGUAGAUGGACGGAUGGGAGGGGGUGGAGGACCUGGGCAAUCUGUUUUCAGAGAGGGGGAGAAUGCAGGUGAAGAAUGUAUCAAGGCUUGCGGCACACCAGCACAACGUUGACAUCCUGUCAACAUGACUACUUCCUGUCUACUUCCUGGUGCCCCCUGUUGUUGCACUGGUUCUGUGACAUGGCUGCUCAGCGCUGCCCAACACUGGGUUUGAUUCAGCAGGUCUGGGUUAGGUGAAGCAGGUCUGUGUUGGAUGGCGACGGUCGUGGUUAGAUGGUACAGGUCUGGGUUAGAUAAAGGAGGUCUGGGAAUCAGUAAACAGCUUUAAUUCGAUUAUUGGAGUCUGGGUUUGCUUGAUAAUAUCUGGGCUUGAUGGAUAAGGCCUGGGUUUGAGGGAUACAGUCUUGGUUCAUUUGCGACUGUGUUUUACAAUAUCUCUGAUUGUAUUAUACAUUGACAAGGUUGAGACGUUAACAUGUGGAAUUCAACUAACAUCAAAUAGCCUACCUUCUUAUUCAAUAUCAAAAAAUAUUUGUCCCAAACUAAAGACAUGUAUUCAAAAUCAAACAAGGCCAUUAUCCAUCAUCAAAGACCUUUCUCCAACAUCAAAUACCAUAAUUUUUUUAUUCAAAACAUUUGUCCAACAUAAAAGGCCAUUAUCCAUCAUCAGAGACCUUUAUCCAACAUCAGUCACAUUUUAAUUGUAUACCUAAAAUACGACCGCAGCCCUGCCUCUUAGAGUUGUCACAUGACCAAAAAUUCUCAUAGCCAAUCAUAAAGGUGCUUGCACACCGCCGCGUGGCAACUUAUCACCGCCUCUGCCGGAGGGUUCGGCGCAGCGGUGUGAAGGGCCAGGCGUUUUCAAAAGCGGCUGCUGCAGUUGCUGCCGCCGGAAGUUUCAACACGGGGAAAGCUGAGCGGUAGGGCAGAAUCUGUGCGCGUUCACGCGGGCGCGCAACGCGCCUGGUUUUCAGCCGCUUUUGUAACCGCCUCCCCUCUGCCGCCCUUCCCUCAUUGAAAUUAAUGGAGCGGGUGAGUUGCCGCGCGGCGGUGUGAAAGCAGCUAAGAAUGGUUCAAACUUUUUUCCAAUCCACCCUCCACGCAACAUUUUCUUUUUGAAUUGAUUAGGAUUUUCAAAUAUUGAAUCAUGACAAGGUGGUGGGAAAUUUUUGAUUUAUGGCCAAACUAAUUUUUUCUGUAAAAGGCUGAAGAGAUAUCUGCCCUAUUGGUAACCUGGUCAGUGCACCUUUUAACGACAUCAUGCCAGGCGGUGUGUGUGUUUGAAAGAUUGUGUGUGCUUGUGGGUGUGCUUGUGUGUUUGAAAGAUUGUGUGUAUGAGAUUUAUUUAUAUUUUGAUUGUCGUCUGUUUUUAAAAUUCUAAAUAAAAAAAUGUUGAAUACACCAGC